GCCGCCUGAUGAUGAUGCAAACGACGGCCGACAACAAGAGAAUGUUCAUCGUCGAGAUUGCAGCGAAGCCCGGUUUCGCUUACGCAGCAGGUGGCCCGCUGAAAGAAGGCCGGGAGCUGCGUGUGGCAGAAGCGGAGCGGUACGAAUGCAACUACAUCCGGGCUCAGCUCGGCCUCGAACAGCUGGACAAGAUGCCUCCACCGGAGACGAGAAGGCCAAGGGAGCGAUCGUGCAGACGAUGCCAACAUCCAUCGUCACUACGCUGCUCAAGGUGCAGAACCGCAUACUGCUCGGCGUCCUGUCAAAAGCGGGACUGGGCGCGCCACUUGUUUGUGUGUGCCAUUCCGGGUCGGCCCAACGACAUCGACCGUCUCAACAUGGUUAUUCGGCAAUGGCUACGUCGCAAGCCCGAGGAUGAAGAAGAAACAGAAGACAUCCUCCGGAGCUUGUUCGCUGACGAUCACCUAUGCAGGCUGUUCGGAUUUACCAAGUGCGCCGACACCUGGGAAGUUUCCAACCUGUUUUGCAUUUACAACCGGGCCAUCAGGCGUUUCGGCGUCAGAACGCUCGCGAGAUUCGGUCCCGCCAUUGCCAAUUUGAUCGAGACCUGGUUGCGUCUUUCCGAAGCUCGGGAGGAACACCACACGGAGCCAUGCACACCUUGGUUUCUUUCCAUGAGGUCGAGUGACAAUCUGGACUUUCCCGACUACGACGGAUUCUACACCUACAUAGUCGCAGGCGCCUACGAGGCCGCGAAAGCGUUCAACCUGGACUUUCCAGCGACAGAGCAGGAAGCCAAAGAAUGCCUUUCAAGAGACGAAAGAGGCGUCCUACGCCUCUAUAGCAUCCUCUUCCGGCCGUUCCUCAACAUCCCCGACGCGCAGACGGCCGAGUGGAUGCGCUUCGGGUUCUACUCCUGCCGCAACCUCGACGAGCGUAAACUCCUUGCGCAAAUGUACCUCCAGCUCGCCGACAGCGGCGCCUCUCUCAGCCAUCGCCCACGCCUGGCGGAACUCCUCGCUACCGGACCUUUUUCACAGGCACGGCAUCAAUCCAACCUCGUACCAACACCCGCACAUCCGCCUCAGCCCACCAGAACGCGACGAAAUGGGCAUCUACCGGCUCAUAGCCGAAGUCUCGCACGCGCUGUCGGGGUGCUUCUGCGCCUGUUUCCAGCAGCAGCGACACGACAGCGCGGAGCAGCGCAUGUACUGCCGCGGCGACAAGUUCGAGACGCACCUGAGCCAGGAGAGCGCCGGCGACUACGGGUUCCACGGGGCGAGCCCCUGGGAGCGGUGGCAGCUGCUGAACUUCUACCGGCACGUGUUCCGCCAGCCGCGGUUCGACGCGCGCGAGAUGCUGGCUGCGCGAAGGGAUGCCGCGGAUCCGGGCGCCCUGGAGGAUUAUCUCGACUGUCUGCUGCCCGGGUUUCGGAGGCAGAUGGCGAAUUUUGUGCUGGCUGAUGCCAUGUUUCCUAGGCUGAGGGUUAGGGUGCGGUUUCCGGAUGGGAGGCCGUAUUGCUCCUGUGUGGUGCAUGAGACGUACAGGCCGCCUGGGUUGUGCGGGGGGUUGUAUGUGUCGUAGGAGCGGUGGAUGAGUGAUACCUAGUUAUGAGUUACGAUUACAUGAUAACGAUGGUUUUAACACGAUGACGUUGGUUGUGUUCGGG